AUGAAUUCAAAAGUAUUAUAGAACCAAGAUGAUUUUUAUGAAGUAUUAGCUUACUUGAAAUUUAUUGAUAGCAAAAUAUUGUAAUUGAUAAUUGAAAUGCUUAAAAAAGAGGCAAUUUCAGAUUCCCUAAGCUUUUUAUCACAAGAUGAAAACCAAGAAUGUUGGGUAGAACACAUUUUAGUUUAAAAUUUAUCACAGCAAGAUAAAUAAAAGAAGCUAAACUAGAUGAAACAAGCUAUUUAGAGCAUUCAUACAGUUUAUGAAACAAUUAAUAGCCAUGACUUCACUAUUAAUAAUUACUCUCCUGAACAAUUUAUAGAAUACAAAUAUGCUUUAAUUAAGAAAAUAAUAAAAUAGAAUUGAAUUCUGACAAUAUUUAGUCCUUCUCACUUCCAUCGAUAAUAAAUUCAUUCAAGUGG